CGCCCAGGGCAGUGCCAUGUGGGGCGGACGCGGCUCACCCACCACUUCUUCUGGGCACCGCGCGUCGCUGCUGCAGCUGCUGCUGGCCGCGCUGCUGGCGGCGGGGGCGCGGGCCAGCGGCGAGUACUGCCACGGCUGGCUGGACGCGCAGGGCGUCUGGCGCAUCGGCUUCCAGUGCCCGGAGCGCUUCGACGGCGGCGACGCCACCAUCUGCUGCGGCAGCUGUGCGCUGCGCUACUGCUGCUCCAGCGCCGAGGCGCGCCUGGACCAAGGAGGCUGUGACAACGACCGCCAGCAGGGUGUGGGGGAGCCAGGCCGGACAGACAGAGAAGGCCCAGACAGCUCGGCAGUCCCCAUAUACGUGCCGUUUCUCAUCGUCGGCUCUGUGUUUGUCGCCUUCAUCAUCCUGGGGUCCCUCGUAGCGGCAUGCUGUUGCAGAUGUCUGCGGCCCAAGCAGGAUCCCCAGCAGAGCAGAGCCCCAGGGGGCAACCGCCUGAUGGAGACCAUCCCCAUGAUCCCCAGUGCCAGCACUUCCCGGGGGUCAUCGUCCCGGCAGUCCAGCACAGCUGCCAGCUCCAGCUCCAGUGCGAACUCGGGGGCCCGGGCUCCCCCAACAAGGUCACAGACCAACUGCUGCUUGCCCGAGGGAACCAUGAACAACGUGUACGUCAACAUGCCCACAAAUUUCUCUGUACUUAACUGUCAGCAGGCCACCCAGAUCGUACCCCACCAAGGGCAGUACCUGCACACUCCAUAUGUGGGGUAUGCAGUCCAACAUGACUCUGUGCCCAUGACGCCAGUGCCCCCAUUCAUGGAUGGCCUGCAGCCCGGCUACAGACAAGUCCAGCCCUCCUUUGCCCACACUAACAGUGAACAGAAGAUGUACCCUGCCGUGACUGUAUAGCUUGCAGGUCACCAAGUAGACUCCUUUAUGAGCAAAACAGGGCCAGACUCUUGUGCCGGAAGUCUGCUCAAGUUGGUGGUAUUUUUAUCGAUGUUCUCCUGGAUGACUUCAUUUGCCUCUAACCUGUAAGAGGAUAUCUCCAGAAGAGCGUUUCUGUGCAUGUUUCCUGAGAGUGGAAAACCACAGCCCCUGGAGUCGCCACCUGUGUCCUCAAGUAUGUGACAAAUGCUUGAGCCCCUAAGUGCCCUUGAGGUGUGGCUGCCAAGAGUCAGAGGUUGUAUGAUGUCAUUAUUUCUGUUUGCCUCAGCUGCACAGGAGAACACCUGUUACCUCCCCUUUACCUGGGCUGUCUUUUAAAUCAGUGUUCAAGACUGAAAGGCGCUGUAAAUAAUAUAAUUAUUAUGAAAGGAAGCCAGUUUGAACUCGGACACCAGUCAACGGCCUCAGUCCUCCAGAGGCAUGUCUUAAUUUCAUUGUAAAAGAUAUAGUUUGUCUAUUUUUAUGCUUUUGGGGGAGGCUAUU